GGGUCCCCGUGUGUCCCCCGCCCUUCCAGUGGCGCGCGUUUACCUGCCAGCAGACGGAGUGAGGCGGGGCGGGAGCGGGGUGCGUGCCCGUCCCCAGAGCAGCCACUGUCAGUCACCGCCGCUGAGCGCCAGCGAGGACGAGUCUCUGGCCCAGGCGGCCGGCGUCUCGCGACCCCGAAACCCAGGACCCGCGGCCCAGCGACCCCGAACCCAGCGUCCGGUUCCUCCUGCCGAGCUCCCUGGCGCCGCUUGACCUCCGAGCCGCAGCCAGCACCGACUCUGCUCCACAGAGCAGUGUGGCUGUGCCCUCAUCAGGACCAGGAUGUCUCCACCACUGACUCAAUACUUCUCGAGGAUACCGCUGAGGCAAUAUGGGAAACCACGCUGGGAAGCGAGAGCUGACUGCUGAAAAAGCCAGUAAGGAUGGUGAGAGUCACCGAGGAGAGUUUGAAGAAAAGAGAAGCGUGGGCAAACUUUCUCAGACAGCAUCAGAAGACAGUGAUGUGUUUGGGGAGGCAGAUGCGAUCCAAAACAAUGGAGCCUCGGCUGAGGACACGGCGGUGACAGACUCCAAGCACACAGCAGACCCAAAGAAUAACUGGCAGGGUGCCCACCCAGCUGACCCAGGGAGCCGCCCCCACUUGAUCCGCCUCUUUUCCCGAGAUGCCCCAGGAAGGGAGGACAACACCUUCAAAGACAGGCCCUCCGAGUCCGACGAGCUCCAGACCAUCCAAGAAGACUCCACAGCAGCUUCCGAAGGCCUGGAUGUGAUGGCAUCGCAGAAGAGACCCUCACAGCGAUCCAAGUACCUGGCCACAGCAAGUACCAUGGACCAUGCCAGGCAUGGCUUCCUCCCAAGGCACAGAGACACGGGCAUCCUUGACUCCAUCGGGCGCUUCUUUAGUGGUGACAGGGGCGCACCCAAGCGGGGCUCCGGCAAGGUACCCUGGCUAAAGCAGAGCCGGAGCCCUCUGGCCCACAGCCGUCCUGGGCUGUGCACCAUGUACAAGGACUCACACACAAGAACUACCCACUAUGGCUCCCUGCCCCAGAAGUCGCAGCACGGCCGGACCCAAGAUGAAAACCCAGUAGUCCACUUCUUCAAGAACAUUGUGACGCCGCGCACACCGCCUCCAUCCCAAGGAAAGGGGAGAGGCCUGUCCCUCAGCAGAUUUAGCUGGGGGGCCGAGGGGCAGAAGCCAGGAUUUGGCUACGGAGGCAGAGCUUCCGACUAUAAAUCGGCUCACAAGGGAUUCAAGGGGGCCUACGACGCCCAGGGCACGCUUUCCAAAAUCUUUAAGCUGGGAGGAAGAGACAGCCGCUCCGGAUCUCCCAUGGCGAGACGCUGAAAGCCCUGCCUGCUCAGCCUUCCUGAAUCCUGCCCUCGGCUUCUUAAUAUAACUGCCUUAAACGUUUAAUUCUAUCUGCACCAAUUAGCUAGUUAGAGCAGCCCCACUCCUAAUUCCGUGGAGCCACGCACGUGGUGGGGCCAGACCCACGGUACCCUGGCUCGUUAAAACUGUCCCUUUUCAUUUGAAGAUUGAGUGUCCUCGGGGGUCUUCCCUGCCUUGUCCCUCCCACCCCCCCUCCGUGUACUUUGGUCGACUCCGGAGGUCCAAGUGCACGGAAAUCCUUCCAAGUUCACCUUUACUCCAUCCUCAGACUUUCUUUUCACGGUGAGGCGCACCCCUCCAUCUUCCGUGGGCACUGCGGAUAGACAGGCACACCGCCAAGGAGCCAGAGAGCGUGGCGCAGGGGACUGUGUGGUCCAGGCUUCUUUUGUUUUCUUUCCUCUAAAGAGCUUUGUUCUUCCUAACAGGAUCAGACAGUCUUGGAGUGGCUUAUACACCGGGGGCUUGUGGUAUGUGAGCGCAGGCUGGGCAGCAGUGAGAUUCCAGAGUGGGGUGACCCUGGGGACGCUUCCAGGCCAGCUGUUCCCUCCACCCCACCAGCUGAUUUCGAGCGUGGCAGAGGGAAGGAAAGGGGCGAGCGGGCUGGGCAAUGGCCCCAACAGGAAAUGGGGACUUAGGGAAACACGCUGGAGAUGUCAUGUGUGGCCGCCGAACGUCACCAUCUCUCCUCAGUGGCCCCUCAGGGCAGGUGCUUUUAAGAACCCCAUUUCCUCUCAGAGCCCAGGGAGAGUCCAGGGACAUGGCGCAUCUCGCAGUGGGAAUGCAGGAGUUCUCUGGUGGCCUCGCGGUGUCCCUCUGGCCACCACUCACACCGGGAUGGCCAGCAGUAGCUCGCCACGGCAGUGCCCAUCGGUACACACUAACCUCAGAGAAAAAGUAACCUUCCCCUGCCUCCUAGAAACCGCUCAUUCAUAGCUGAUUUAGGAAUGUGUUUGUCACUGAGUCCCUACCCUGGAUGCAGGCUGGCCUGGGCAACCCUUCAGGGAUGCGGAGCUCAGAAUCCCACUUCCCUAAUGUCCAUGGACACCUCCCCAUUCCUCUAACAUACUGACUAUGUCUUUUGAUUUAGCGUGUCUUUUAUAGACUUUCCAAAGAGCCCCACACUGGCCCCUUCAUCCUUAGAAGGAAGGUGUUGGUUGAUGUAGACCAACGCGUGUCUUGUUAAUCUGUUCUAAUUCUGAGUAUAGUGUGGGUUUAAGAUAACAUCUAUUAAUACAUAGCCUCAAUAGCCUGAGGGUAAGAGAAAAAGCAGGGAAGAAAAUUCCAGAAGUAAACCCUCCAGAUCGUUCCACAGGAGCACUUGCCCUCCAACAUGACCGGACGCCUUUGCUCAUGGCUUCAUCCAGACAGCACAUGCUGCAGAAUGGCUGGAUGGGAGCACCCACUGUUCUUGAAUAUUGAAAUAAAAUAAUAAACUUGCAAUGGUCUUUGCACAGA